GUCGUUCAAGCGAAUGCUCAAUAACAGAACCGUGACUAAUCAAAGACUUAUUCGACAAUGGUGUAGAACUGCACUAAUAUUUUCAUUGAUAAUCGCAUUCGAUUUUAUGAGUGUGUGUGUGUCUUUUUGUUUGUUAAGUCUCUAGGGGGGUGCGUCAUCUUCAGAUCCGGUUGUGACUUUGCAUUCACUUGUGGCAAGAGGCACGAAGUCAAUGUAGGGGUAAGGGUUUAAUUGAGACGGCUGAUUGACUGUGGGACACAUAUCACUAGUUCAUAACUCACUGACGUUUCUUGUGGUAGCACUUGGGAUUAUUCUAGACUUUUCAGAGCUGGAUUAAUGCGAGCUGGCAACGCCAUAUUUGUUAGUGAGACAAAGAUUGAGCAAAACAAGUUUGAAAGAAGACAGGAAACUAUUUUAUUUCUAAUCUGUGUGUGUGCUAAUGAUUAAAUAUGGAAUUUAAAAAAUAAAAUUUGUGUUGGAUAUUUGAAACACAAAACAUAAAUCAUCAUGGGAAUUUAUGGACUACCUUUUUACAUCGCACUAACGAUUUUCACUGUUGUGGUCAACAUGGCGUCCGCUGGGCAGACGUGCACAUUUACCCAGAGUUCAACAAACAUCGCCAUCUACUGUGAGAACGGCUGUUGCAGCAACAAGUGCUGCACUACAAACUCUGUCGAUACUGACGCCAUAGCCAUAGGCGUGUCUGUGGCACUAGCUGUUCUCAUCCUAAUCCUGCUCAUCGCCCUCCUUAUCUACUGCUGCCACAAGAGAAACAAGAGGAGGAAGAAGACAAGCGACAUGGAGAGCACCACCACGGAACACACGGAUGUCAUGGUUUUGAACAGCAUUCCCCCAAGGAAGACAAAUCUAACAAAAGUUAUUUAUUACGAUAAUACACGAUACUCACAGACGGGUGAGCCCGCGCCCCCCUAUCUUGAAAAGGUCAUCUUUGGACGCUCCAAUAGGUGGAUGUCAUUUGUGCCAGGCAAGAAAAACGUGCAUAAAGUCCACCCGCUUCGGCCUUACAACGCGAAAGAAAAAUUUACUCAGACGAAAGGUAACCAGCCUACAAUGAUCAGACCCGUCCUUCCGGCGACGCCCCUGUACGACGAUGAGGAAAACCAAGAGAAAUCUAUUCAGACCCCGGUGCACGUGGGCAGGAGGCCGCCGACCAAGGAUAAACCAAAAGGACCUUGGGCGCCACAUGCUCCGUGGCAACCCCACGCCGGGGAGAAGAGUUUGUCGAAGACUCGCCCCAAGCCUUUAGACACGUACGCCAACUACGGGUCCCAGAAUGUGGAGCAGCAGUACACGUCACAUAGGUGUAGCCCCGAGCUGGGCCACUAUAAGUAUGAAAGCGAUUACCUGGAAGACAAACUCAGUAGCCGAGCGUCCGGAGCCCAACCAAGACCAUCGACUAUAGGUGACUAAUUCAUCGAUUAUAGGUGACUAAUUCAUCGACAAUACGUGACUUAUUCAUCAACUAUAGAUGACUAAUUCGUCGACAAUAGGUGACUUAUUCAUCAACUAUCGGUAACUCAUUCAUCGACAAUAGGUGACUUAUUCAUCAACUAUAGGUGAUUAAUUCAUAGACUAUAGGUGACUCAUUCAUCGAUUAUAGGUGACUCAUUCAUCAACUAUAGGUGACUCAUUCAUCAACUAUAGGUGACUCAUUCAUCGACUAUAGGUGACUCAUACAUCGACAAUAGGUGACUUAUUCAUCAACUAUAGGUGACUAAUUCAUUGACUAUAGGUGACUAAUUAAUAUUCUAUUCAUGACAGCACUUUAUCUAAAGGAACUUAUUUCCUCAAAAACAUCAGCCAAAGAAACAAUCAAAACUUUAUAAGAAUCUGUGAUAUAGUGGCCAUUCGGGUCAUCUUUGACCUAUGUACAAUUAUUAUAUUAUGCAGAACAAUGUUAUGAUCUCGUCAUAUAGAGAUCUCCUUGUUUAUCAUAUUUUGUUUAUUUAACAUUGUGAUAUUAAUAAUGUUUAUAAUUUUUGCCUAUGUUGUUUUUUUUUGUGGGUGCAUCAAUAGACUAAGAACAACAAAACGGACUGCAGCAAGGCUGUUAGUAACUUCUAUUUUAUGUGCAUGAGCAUUAUGUAUAGUGCAUGAUCAUUCAAAUGUAUAAAUAUUCUGUACCAUUCAACAUCGUGCAUAUGUACAUUUGAAUUAAGGGUGUAGAUCUGUCCUUGUAUAUA